AAUUUGUGUGGAUUGGUUGGACGAACUUGCAUAUCCUUGCCAAAUUGGCCGACGAGAGAGGUUCUAACUAAAACGACAAUUUGUUCAUUCGAACGAAAAGCAAUACGCCAUGAAGAAGCUGCUUAGUUCUUUGUUGGUUCUUCGGACCAUCGUUCUACCCUGGACAGGUGUUACCGCCGAGGAGAUUGUCAACUUUGGUUCGGAUGCAUGCGAGUGCGAGGACAAUAUCGGGCACUUUUGUGGCAUUGAUGACAACUGUCAUCCAUUCUCUUGUGAAAAUUACUAUCUGUAUGCCGACCGAAAGCUCACGGGGUAUUCGGACAACGCCACUAUGCAGUGUUUCGGCUACUCUCUCGGCGAACAAGAACGAGCUCAUGGCGUAGUGUAUGGAUGCAGUCCUCUCUUUCCGUUUGUACUCCCCACACCUGGCAAGCAAGUGACAGAGCCUUUCAACCGAAAGUGCACCGCAGAGCGAGACGAAAGCGGUUUCUCGUUUGAAUGCUACGAGUUUCAGGACGGCGAGGCUGCCGCAGACUUUAGCUUUUUCGAACGAUUAGCUAAUUCGUUCUUUCCAGACUGUACGGAUGGUGAUGAUCCCAAAUACUACUACAUGAUUGCCAGUAGCAACCACUAUCUGGGCUUUGAAGGGCUGCAGGGUAACCCCAUAGUGGCAGGAGGUGCCGAUAUCGACGGUGAUACGAUAUGGCAAUCCAACCCAUCAAACUUCUUUCGUCGGGAGACUGCCUUGUUGGCCAUGUAUGCCAACGUUGUGGGCGGACCAGCACCAUCUCUGUCGGAAUCUGGAACAGUCAUCUUAGAUCCACCAGGAGGCCUGUUUGACAACAAUCCUCUCGACAAGCCGUCUACAAUGGCCCCGACGAAUGCGGCAGGAACCCAUCCUGGCAACGUGUUCAACCAUUCAGACAACAAACCGCCUACAGCUGAUGUUCCAUCAGAAGCGGAGGAAGGGUUGAAUCAAACUGCUGCCCAUGAGGAAGGAUUGAACAUCACCAAUGAUGCCGAGGCGGGUUUAAACAUGACGAGUGACACAACGUCGAUGCCACAAGCAGAAGAUGAAGAUGCAGUAUCUACAAACGCCACAGCAGUUGAUGUGGACGAUGGGACCAGCAGUGCCGUCCCACACCGCGGCCCACACAGUACUUUUGUCGGCAUUACGAUGGUGAUUUUGCCGUUUGUCAUUGCCUAGUUGUUGCUGGUGUAGCCGAGGAUGAAUGAGCUAUUGCAUCAACCUCACUCGUUUUGGGGUACGCGAAGAACAUCUUUGAUCAACGGGAGGUUGGAACUCGUUCUGGCCCGGAUUAAAUACCGAUGCCACCGCCGAGGGGCAGACACUGGUACUGCAUUAAGAGCAAGAAAGGAAAUGGACCACCAUCAGCCGCCCGUACCAGUAGCCAGCCUCCUAGCGAAAACUGCUUCCCGACUGCUGAAUGGCUGGCAGCUGCCCUCCAACAACCAAUCUCUCGGUGAUCCAUCCAGUCAACGAGAACGGCAUCAUCAGGCCAGGAAAAGUCGCGGAAGGUUCCGCACCGCUACUGCAAUAACUUCCUCACAACAGAGCAAUCGUGCCCGGUAUCCCUUGGAGUUGAUGAAGCACGAAGCAAAGACGAUGGUCCCAAGGACAAGAAGUGGCUGUCGAGGUCACUUCAUGGUCAUCGUGGCGAUUGAGUGGUUAGCGGGGUAUUCUACUAGCCACAUGUACUGGUACCAAUAGACCUUGGAAUCGUACAGGGUGUUAACUAACUGGUCAAGGCUGCACGUACAUGUAGAUGGCUUGCUGCUCACCUUGUCGG